AAUACCGGGGCUGGGGCUCUGUUCCUCCGCUAAGGCUCAUUAGUUUAAGUAUGAGGCUUAUGGGAGAGCGAUGGAGGUCUGGUUUUUGGGAAGGGUUGCCGCCUCCUUGCGUCUUUAUCUUCUCCCAAGCCGAUGAUUCUUGACCAAUGCCCACAACCCUUCCUGAUGGGAGGCAAAAUGGAUCGUCCUACCCCAGCGUGGGGCUACCAUUUCUCCGUCUCGGCCGGCGGCUUCUCGGCUUCCUCCGGCGUGGUCACCCUCAGGCCAAAUUUGAACCACAACACUUCCCCUUCCUCAAGCACCGCAGGGGAUCCGGAAUCGGAUCGCAGUUGUAUCCUUCGCGUGAAAGAAUGAUUCAUCUUCCUUCGAGCCAAUGCAUCGUUGGAUCAUCCACUGCUCGGUUUGAGAUCCCUCUUCUCCCCCUUCCUCUUCCUUUUCUUGGUCUUCUGGCCGGAUCCUUUCCCCCCUCUCUCUCUCUCUCUCUCUCUCUCUCUCUCUCUCUUUAUGCUUUAGAGGCGAUGAUGAUGAUAAUGUUUAUCUCCAGAUCCUUGCGAUUCGGUUCGAGCUUUUAAGCGAUUGUCGUAAGUGAUGGAGAAUCUCAGAUUCUUGGUGCGUAAACCCUAUGCCUCGAUCCUCUCUUCUUGUUUUCCAUCCUAAUGGACUGAUGGCGGGGCAGCUCGGAUGGCCGCCAAGGCAACCGCUGCAGCCGUGCCUUUAGGAUGGGGUUCAGAAAAGGGUGGAGAGGAAGGGAAUCAUAUAAUGUGAUCGAUCAAAGGCGAAUCUGAGCCUCCCCCCCUCCUUUUCCUUCCUCUAUUUUAUUUUCAUCUGUUUGUUUCUUUGUUUCUUUUACGGUGAUUUCUUUUUCUAGGGUUAGGUCUUAAUGUUAUGACAAGGAUUUGCAUUUAUUCUGCUUUUCCUAUGUUUCUUUUGUAUUAGUAUGUCAUUCGUUAUAUUCUGAUAUAUUUUUAUUUUUUUUCCCAAACAUUCUAAGCAUAGUCUAUGAAAUUUUCAGGGAAAUCGUAUAAAGAAGCCGGUAUUUUCUGUUAUGAUGAUAUUUUUAUUUAAUGUAACCUAUCAUAUAAUAUGAAAACCACAGUUAUUUGUUGAUGAUAUUUGAUGCUUUUUAUUUUUUUGAAUAUCUUUUGUUAUUUAUUGGGAUUUUCCGCCGUAGUUUUCCCCUUAUCUAUAUGUAUUGGACCAUUUGGGAAUUGGAAUCCGGAAAGCUUAUUAAUUUGUAUUGGAAAUUUCGCCGAUUUGGUGCACGUUCCGGGUUUUCACAUGGUAUUUUCGGUCGAUAAGAGCCGAUCGAUGAUUCUACAUAGUAUUUUUUUUAAUAUUUUUGUUACAUUUCAUAGUAUUUUUGUUGGUUUCUAUUUUUUUUUAAGCAUUUCGACUUCAUCUCUUACUUUGGCCAUUCGUGAAUUGAGUUGGACUUGUGGGAAGCUUUUUUUUUUUUCUAGAAAUAUAAUUUAUGAAAAUAUAAUUUUUGGAAAGAGAAUGUUUAAAAAAAAGUAGAAAAGUAGUUUUGAUAUGUUUGGUUGAUAAUGAAAAAAUGACAAAUUUUCAGAAUACUUAUGUUUGAUUGGGCGGAAAAGUUAUGUGUAUAUUUUAUUGUAUUUUUAAUAAAAAUUAGAUCUUUUAAUGUUUCUUGAAUGAGGGAUAUCUGUGAACUAUUGGUCUUAGCUGCCAUCUAAGCAACUAUGACGUCGAGACCGACAUUUCUCAGAACAUGCUUUGGCUGUUACGCUAAUUGACCAUAUGGCUGUCGACCUUGGUGUUCUUGCAGCUCUGCUGUUCGUCUCGCAUGAUAAUAUUGGUGUACAUCGGAUGCUAUACCUGCCAACCACGGCAUCUGGGAGCUAUCUCAGGUGGGCUCUUCACCCUUCUACAGGCCACCUCGGUCCCGUUAGUCCAGCUACGGGCAGCGGGGGAGGGUGUGCCUGCAGCAUUGGCUGUCCUCUACCCCUCCAAGCUGUGCAUCUGAGCAAUGUUGAUGGUACCCGCUCGGUCGGGCCACACCACCUGGGAAGGGACCGUUGUGUUUCCACGAACCUCCGGCCAAGAGUCCAUGACGCGGUUACUCGCAGCCCGCUCGCGCGGGCGAGAACCCCUUCGGGAGCAUGCCGUAUCCACCUCCUAGGAGACUCUCCUCUCUCACGCUCUCUCCUGUGCCGACACCAUCUCCAAGUCGCGCGAACGAGGUAACGAGAAGAUGGAAAUCCAACGCGGAAAUCCACCCACACUGGGUCCCAACCAUCGCGACCCACCCAUCCAAAUCCAACGGUCCAUCCUUCAUCCCUCCCCUAUAUAAAAGCCAAGAAUCUGUUGCCCCCUUUGGUGUCAUACAUGGGCCGGUCAACGCCAACCCCCUUUCUUCCCUUCUUCCCUUCUCUCCGCAGCUUCCAUCAGAAGAGCCCCAGAUCCGAGAUCUUUCCUCGUCCCUGCCUCAACUUCUGUUCCCAGAAGCUUCCUCUUUGUUGCUCUUUUCAGUAGCAAAGACCGCUACUGCCGGCCACUGUAACCAACCAGAGCAGUAACAACUAUCUCAGAUUAAGACUAAGAAUCUGUAAUAUUCUCGUACCAUGAGGGGUGAGAAGAGACCGCCACCCACAGAAUGGGAAAGAGAGGUGGCGGCGCCGGAGACCUCCUCCUCGUCGGCAGCCGCCGCCGCCGCCGCCGCCAAGAGGCCUAAAGUGCCAGCUCUCACUGGUGUUAUAGUAGAAGCGCUGAAGAUGGAUGGCCUGCAGAGGCUCUGCUCCACUCUAGAGCCUCUUCUUCGCCGGAUUGUCAGUGAAGAAGUGGAGCGUGCAUUGACAAAAUUAAGCUGUGCCAAGCUGACUGGAAGCAGGUCCUCUCCCCAGAGAAUAGAUGGACCAGGUGGGAGGAAGCUGCAACUUCAUUUCAGAUCAAGGAUGCCCCCUCACCUAUUCACUGGAGGUAAGGUAGAGGGGGAACGGGGUGCAGCGAUCCAUGUUGUGUUGCUGGAUGCAAACACUGGCAUGAUUGUCUCGGGGCCCGAAUCGAUGGCUAAACUAAAUGUAGUGGUGCUGGAAGGUGACUUCAAUGAUGAAGCCGAUGAUGAUUGGUCCCAAGAGCACUUUGAAAGCUAUGAGGUGAAGGAGCGUGAAGGAAAGAGGCCACUUCUCACUGGUGACUUGCAGGUAACUCUCAAAGAAGGAGUUGGCACACUGGGAGAAUUGAUCUUCACAGACAAUUCUAGCUGGAUAAGGAGCAGAAAAUUUAGACUUGGUUUGAAACUGGCUGAUGGUUAUUGCGAUGGCAUUCGCAUUCGUGAGGCUAAGACUGAGGCAUUUACCGUAAAAGAUCACAGAGGAGAAUUAUACAAGAAACACUACCCACCUGCCUUACACGAUGAGGUAUGGAGAUUGGAUAGAAUAGCGAAGGAUGGAGCACUGCACAGGAAGUUGGUUAAUGCCAAUAUACUAACUGUUGAAGAUUUCCUCCAAUUUCUUGUCAGAGAUCCGCAGAGAUUAAGAAAUAUACUUGGAAGUGCGGUGUCCAAUAGGAUGUGGGAGAAUACAGUGGAGCAUGCCAAGACUUGUGUCCUAAGUGGGAAGCUUUAUGUAUACUACUCUGAUGAAAUAAGAAGCAGUGGAGCUGUUUUUAACCACAUUUAUGAGCUUAGGGGACUUAUUUCAAAUGGCAAGUUUCUCUCUGUUGAAUCACUCUCUCAUGAUCAAAAGGUCUCAGUUGAUCUAUUAGUCAAGAGAGCAUAUGAUGACUGGAACCAUGCCAUAGAGUAUGAUGGCCAAGACCUGCUGAAUUCAGAAAAAAGUAGUCAGAAGGCACAACAUCCGCCCACCACAGUCUAUAACUCCCCCCUCGGCCAUCGUUUCGUGCCGAUGGCACACCCAGAAGGCUACCAUUCUUCAAGCACUGGAACUUGUCUCCAGAAUGAAGGAGCUCACAGUGAUCUCUCAGCCCUGCUAGCUCUUGAAACACCACAAACAUCAUAUGGCGGUGCUUGUACUUCAGGAGAUUGGCCACAUGUGCAAGAAGAGCAGAAUUUCGAUCAUUACAUGGAAGAGAUCCGCAUCAGGAGUUCGGAGAUCUUAGAACAUGGUGACAUGCAGUGUUUGCUGAGCUCCUUUAGUACAGGUGGAGUUGGAGGUUUUGGUAGCUCCGGUGAGGCUCAUUAUUCUUAUCCUAGUGCUCACUUUGAGCCCCAGAGUGAGUUCAUGUUUGGGCAGGAGCAUAACCGAAAUAACGCUAAGGCUGCGAUAAGUUGGCUUAAGCUGAAAGCUGCUUUCAGAUGGGGCAUCUUCAUUAGGAAGAAAGCUGCAGAGAGGAGAGCUCAGCUGGUGGAGUUGGACUGAAUAAAGAUGAUAAGUAUUGAUCAUCCUCUUCUCUUCUAUCUGAGUCUUCUGUAUUCAUGUCUGCUUUGGGAGAAAUGGUAACAUUGACGGCCUCUCGUAAAGACUGGAUGAUAGAAACCAGAGAAUAUGGCCAGCAACCAGCCUGUUGUCUAUAUAUGAGCUUAACUCGUGGUCUAGAGAUAAUGCCAGUCAGCCUUCAAUCAGUCUGAGCCUAUUCUCAUAAACCAUGUUCUAUUCCUAAUACUAUCACUUUGAUUUAGUACAGACUUCUGUUCUCGCUAUGGUAUAUGAAUUUGCUGAUUGUUGAAGUUUUGAGGCUUAACCUUGAAAACUUUCAGGUGUUUCAGUGUAGCUAUUGGCCAGUUUCAUCGUUGCAUCUAUGAGCUCCGAUCCUUUGUAAAUUUCACUGUGGAAGCUACCUCAGCUUUGUAACAAGGGCGUCAAUUAUUUCAGUUCAUUGCUUGGUAUCGUUUAAAAUUUUGCUUCAGUUCCGUGAUCUCAUUGCAGUGAUGAUACAAUCAGCAGAAGUGGAAUCCAGUAAGUAAUGAGCUGAAUUGGGUAUAAUUAUCUGGAAAGAUGAAACAAAUGCUUUCAGGUGUAUCAAGCUUUUGUCGACUUCUAGGCGUUAGGUAUUCUGCAGGUAAUUGGCUGUCAUCGGUCUCAUUACUCUCACCCAUCUCGUCUGGGAAGCAACCGACAAUACUCAAAGUAGUGAUUUCUAGAUAUGCCCAAAAAUCUUGUUUAUAGGUGUAUGGAUUGAGUGUCAGGAAGUAGAGCUGCUUGAGUAUCUAGCAGACUUGAUCAAAACUUGAGAUCUUGCAUCCAGAUUUAUUAAAAUGCAGUCCAGUGCAAAUAAAGUAGUUUGUGUUGCUGCAGGUAAA